GUUUACUGUCACGAAACUGUCAUAAGACCCCAUUUGUAAUGUGGUAUGGCUUGAAAUGUUUUGCGUCGAAAUUUUUCAUAUAAUCAGUAAGAACUAAAUGACCACAUUGAAGGAGCUAAGGUCCGCGUCACAUGUAAUUUUCGACUUGGAUGGACUAAUUUUGGAUACAGAAAAACUCUACACUAUAGUUGCCAAUGCUAUACUUGGACAAUAUGGUAAAUCCUUUAAUUUGGAAACAAAGCUGAAGGUUAUGGGCUCUACUGGUCUAGACAUGGCAAAGCAAGUAGUGGAGUUGCUGGAGGUACCGUUGUCUCCAGAGGAAUAUUACGAGCAGGUGAAGAAAGAAUAUCAGACGGUGAUGCCGGAAGCACAGCUACUCCCAGGUGCUGCUAAGUUGAUAGAACACCUGCAUUCGAACAAUAUCCCAAUUGCGAUAGCCACGUCGUCGUCACAAGUGACUUACGAUUUAAAAACACAAAAGCACAAAGAACUUCUAUCAAAAUUCCAUCACGUCGUUUGUGGCGGAUCAGAUGCUGAAGUCAAGAAUGGAAAACCGGCACCAGACAUAUUUUUAGUUUGUGCAUCAAGGUUUUCAGAAAAGCCCAAACCAGAAGACUGCUUAGUAUUAGAAGAUGCUCCGAAUGGUGUAGAAGCGGCUUUAGCAGCUGGUAUGCAGACAAUAAUGGUUCCAAGUGUCGAGGUGCCAAAAGACAUCAAAGACAAGGCACAUGUAGUCGUAGCAUCUUUAGAACAAGCUCCUUUAGAGUUAUUUGGACUACCGGCUAUUGAGAAAUGUAGAUGUAAAGAUAGUUGAUCCUGUCUCUCUAAAUAUGAGAAGAAAUUUCCAUAAACAGGAGCAGAUAAGUUAUUGUUGAAUGGACAAUUAAGUGCAAGAUAUUCAUCAGAGUCUCUUAAUAAAACUCUAUGAUACUUACUUCAGCUAACUGCCUUCUAGGUUGAAACAAAAGCGUGGACGUUGGGAUCAAGUUACACUAGAUGAUAAACAAUUAGGUAUAUAGCAUGCACUCUAUGUUUCUCAGGCAUCUAAAUAUUUUAGAGUUGAAGAUACGCUGAUGGACGUGAAAGAUCAUAUUCAGGAUUUGAAAAAAGUGCAUCUCUCUACUUAUUUUUUUCACAGGUCAAAUUAGUGAAUUGGAAUUCGGGUUAUAGAUCAAUGCAUAUAUACUAUAUUUUAAUGUAAAAGUGGCAGUCAAAAAUUUCAAGAUGGUGGCUGGGC